AUGGCGGCAUACAGGGCAAGACUGAAAGAGCUACAGGAUGUCUUACAGGCACCAUCGAUAGACAUGAAGAAACUAAGAAGGCUGUGCUUCAGUGGCUGUUCACUGGAAACGGGAUCUCGGUCAAUUUGCUGGAAGCUGUUGCUGGAUUAUCUUCCUCCGGAUAGAUCUCAGUGGAAGUCAAUCUGUGGCAAGCAAAGGGCAGUAUACCAGCAGUUUGUUAAUGAGCUGAUUGUAAAGCCGGGAGCCAAUGCCCAUAAUAAGCAGGGGCCAGAUACCCCGGCUGACCAUCCAUUAAACCCUAACCCAGAUAGUCAAUGGGCGGCUUACUUCAAAGACAACGAGAUGCUGGUACAGAUUGACAAAGACUGUAGACGUCUUUGUCCAGAUUUAUCCUUCUUUCAAACUGCGACAGACUAUCCGUGUGAAGAAAUGGUAACCCUAGGCAACCGAGUGGAGACAUUACGCAAAAGGGUGGAACAGGGAGUACUGAAAGCUGAAACCGUAGCUCGUAACAGACUUGGCAUCACAAAUAUGAUGUCAUCACGGAAGAGGUCAAAUUCUGAAUACGCCACAUUACCAGAAGGUCAGGAGGCCCACUGGGAAGUGGUGGAGAGGAUCUUGUUUCUGUAUGCAAAGCUGAACCCUGGCCUGGGCUACGUCCAGGGCAUGAACGAGAUUCUAGGACCUAUAUACUACACAUUUGCCUCAGAUGCUGAAAAAGAAGUCCAAGAAAAUGCAGAAGCUGAUGCUUUCUUUUGUUUCACAAAUUUGAUGUCCGAGAUUCGGGAUAAUUUUAUAAAGACGCUUGAUGAUUCACAAUGUGGCAUAGGUUAUAUGAUGGAAAGGAUGUUAAUGAUGUUGAAGAAACAUGAUUGUCGCUUGUUUCAACUGUUUGAGACACAGGAGAUGAAGCCACAAUAUUUUGCCUUCAGAUGGAUAACGUUGUUGUUGUCUCAAGAGUUCCAGCUUCCAGAUGUCUUGAGAGUCUGGGAUUCACUUUUUGCGGAUGAAAAACGGUUCGAUUUUCUCAUCUUUGUCUGCUGUGCCAUGCUUAUAUUAGUACGUGAUGAUCUCUUGGGCGGGGAUUUCCCCACAAACAUGAAACUUGUACAGAAUUACCCUUCCACAGUGGAUGUACAGAGAAUAUUGUCAAAAGCCACGGAAUUAUCGGCAAGUUGACUGCUGCGAUGUUUCCAAAUGAGAUUUUUAAAGCCGAGGAAUACAAAGGUUACAUGUACAAAUUUCCGAUUUAUUUUACUGAAACGGGUCUAUCAGAAGAAUGGAAAUGGAAGGCAAGAAGAGACUCAACGACGAUGUGGAUAUGGGGUCGUCAUCUUGUAACUUGGAAUAAACAUGUCGCACACACAUACACGUUUAGAUAACCUUGAGAUAUUGUAGAAACAGGUAGCAAUAUUUAUAAUGACGGUUGUGAGAACAGUUCAGUUUCUGUCAGGUUGAGAGAAGGAACUCCCUGUAUAAUGGAAAAGGAAAUGACUUGGUCAUUUUACUGGGAGAAACCACAGUUGAGACGGUGUGUUAAUUCGCUGAAUGGUUUUCAGUUUAAUUUUCUUCCGGAGGUUCAGUAGGAACCUGACCAGGCCUCUUGGUUUUCAGCUUUUGCUCCGGAGGCUUGUCAGCAUCCUGAAGAUGAUCGUUUGGUUUUCAGCUUUUACAUCGGAGGUUUGUCAGACGAUGUGACCUGGUUUUCGGCUUUUUCUCCGGAGGUUCGUCAGAAACCUAACGAUGUGGGCUGGUUUUCAGCUUUUUCUCCGGAGGUUCGUCAGGAACCUAACGAUGUGGGCUGAUUUUCAGCUUUUUUUCUCCGGAGGUUCGUCAAGAACCUGACGAGGUCUGUAAAAUUUUGUAAAAUUGGCAGAUGGCCUAUAAGCUGAAUAUAGAUAUAGAUAUCAGAAAGCAAGCUUCUGCUGUGAUAUACGACGUGUUGUAUUUUUUCUCCAUGUUUCUGUGGUUAUAGAACAUAAUAACUUAGCAUGUUUGAUGUAAAAGAGAUUGUUUCGUUUUGUGCCUGUACGAAAUUAACUUAAGGUGUCGUGGUAUCAGUAAUUGUUGUAAACUUGAAAAUACCUUGUAACACCUUGAAAAUGGCCCAUGUUUUCUUGUGUAUUUGUCGUGUACACUCACAUAAAAUGUAGGAGGACAGCGAUGGGUAUGUGAGAACUGUAUAGCAGCGCUGCAAAGUAUGGACCUACAACGAAUUCCCUACAUGCGUUUCAGCACUCAGUACACAUAUCCAUUAAUCACGGUAAGGAGUGGUAGUCGCCACCUCAGGUUCUGCGUUUGGACACGUUCCACAAGGUAAAACCAGCGAGCGUCAGCAAGCUAGGUGAAAACCACCCCGGGCGUCACCACGUGUUCUGAACAUCCAGCACAUGAAACCUCGGUCUUACUCUUUGGUGUUUUAACUACUCACAGAGAAUUACUUGACAUCAUAAUCCCUUGCCUUUACCAGUAUUAGGUUAAGGUUUCGCUCAAGCAGUUAAUACCAAGCUUUACUCAGAAAAUAGUUUACAAAAAUACAAAAAAAGCUUUUCAUUGUUAAAUAAAUACAAGUUGUUGAGGGAAAACUAAUUAAGUUUACCCAUGUUACAAAAAGUUGAAGAAUGGUAAUUGUGUUGGAGGAUGUAAAUGGCCAAUAUUUGACAGUCAUAUAGAGACAGUAUAUACACUGCUAUACCAGUCGAUGUUAAUGUUCUUCCAAUAUGGCGGACAAGUUGUUGUUCCGCAAUACGGCUCUGUUACGUCAUGCCCAAACCUCUGUAGAUGAGUAUGGCCAUGAAUGUAGUUACCCUCUUCGAGCCACUCACUGGUAAAACGACCUUCUGUCAUGUGGAUCUGUCGUAUAAAUCUUCUCUUAUUUCAGUUUGAUAACAAAAUUUUUAUUGUCGUUCUAGAACAGCCGAUCUAUAGGCAAAAUAGAUCAUGCCCUGAGGAACAUGACUUGUCUUUGCCAAAACUUAAAUUAGAGUUUUACUGCAAGAAUUUUAGCUUGUAUAUUAACUUGUGUACAUGUAUUAAUUGAUGUGUAUAUCAGGUAUAAUAAUGUUUUACGUUAAUAUAUGUCAGGCAGAUUUGUACAGAAGCUGUGAUGGGUCAUUCUAGUUUAUUCCGUGAUUCCCAUAAAAUCAAUCCGCGCAUGCUCUGUUGGGUCGCUUUGACCAUAAUUGCAGUAUAGGACGUUACCGUCUUCUGUCAAAUUAUUGUUUAUUGUGUUGCUGUGUUUGAUUUGAGUGUAAACUUUCCUGGAAAUGCAUGGCGUUAUACCAUCUACUGAUGGCUAUUUUCUCUUUGAAAGUUUAUAAUUGCUAGAAUGGACCAGAUUUUCCGCAAGAAAAAAUUCUGCCAGAGGGAAUUGUGGGUUUGGAUAUAUUCAGACUUUUCAGGAAAAUGUCGGACUCACAACGAUUUGGUCAAGCAUGUGCAUGGAGGGUUAGUCCCUAUAAUCUAAUUCUGAGCUGCGUGAUGAGGAGAUUUCAACCAAGGUGGACAUAUAUAGGUGUGUGUAAUAAGCCUGUUAAAUUGUAUGUGAUAUCAAAGAUGUUGGGAUUUGAGUUCACACUAUGUUUGGGGGAGAAACACGUCAUUUCGACAUUAAACCAUUGUAAAUGGCCAUGAUAAGCAUCUGCUUGAUGUUACUGGCAUAAUCUCGUCAUAAACUUAUCUAAUCUCGCAGACUGCAGCUCAUAUAACCAGCCCUUAAGCCUGAAACUCUUUCACACAGAAAAAUCGUAAAUCGGUUUUCUUGUCGUGUUUUUUUUUUUAUUAUGACGUUAUCAAGCGAGCUUCUACCAAGCUGUAAUAACAUCGUGCAACGUUAGCGGGGAAGAAAGCCGUACGUGUAUUCAAUCAAAUUGUACCCAAAAAUCACUUUUAUACCUCAUCUCUGUGAAUUGAUUUUUGCAUCUUAAACCCUAUUAUUAACGAAAUUUAAAGAAAAAUUUCAUUCGUUACAUUGGGUAGAAGAUCUGGCCAUAUAUACCUAUUUUAACGUUUGUUUUAUAGCUUUAUUAUUUGCAUAGUUUUGUUGAUAUGUGAUGCUAUGAUGGUGCAACAACAUUCCGAUUCGAACAAAGAGGCUUAAGUGCCGUACCAAGUCCUCUCUAGAAACAUGAUCAAUCACUUUUUUUGUCGGAGAUGUAUCGAACUUAUUAAUGCCUCGUGGGAAAUUUAAUGUCUCUUAAAGCGAGUUUAAUGCGAAAAAUAAAAUGUCUGACCCCAGAGAAACGAAAACCUUGAGUCCCGAAUCUCCGUAAGAGUAAUUUUUUUCCAGCAGUCCUUGAUGCGUGUCACACAGCUGCCGCGCGCUCUACCCAUGAUACCUGACAGGUGAUGCAAUGUGGGUCACUGCAACGUGCGUUUUUGAGGCUAUGUUUUCAUUUUAACCCUGUGUACAGACUACUCAAGCUAUGACCGUGAAAAUUGGUCAGUAUAGUAACAAAAUCAUGCCAUUUGAAUGUCUGAAGUUUGAAAGGGUUUGAACAAAGGAUAAUGGAGCAAUGCAGCAUCAAAGUACA